AUAGAGUAGAGUAGUGGCACACGUGACUUCAUUGUUUAUACUUUUUUCAUUUUUAUUAUAACAGAAAAAAGAUAUAAUAAUAAUAUUGUAACUCUUUAAAAUAGUCUAAUAAAAUCAGAAUUUGGAUAUAUUCACUAAUAAUACACCGAUAAUUAAGUAUUUUACUUAGUGGAAUGUUUACUGGAGAAGUAAAAUCGAACGAUAUUACAAAUGCUAAACAUUUCUUUUCCACGUCUAUCAUCUCAGGUGCUGCUGCAGGAAUUAUUUGUGACAUAAUAUUUUUUCCAUUGGAUACUCUGAAAACACGUUUGCAGAGUCAACAUGGAUUCAUGAAGUCAGGUGGUUACAAACAAUUGUAUCAUGGUAUAGGACCUGUAAUGAUGGGCUCUGCCCCAGCAGCUGCAUUAUUCUUCAUUACUUAUGAGGGAUUGAAAGAAUUCUUACAACCACAAAUAUUACCACAAUAUCAUGCGUUUAUACAUAUGGGUGCUGCAUCAUUAGGUGAAAUGGUCGCUUGUUUAAUACGAGUACCAGUGGAAGUACUUAAACAAAGAAGACAAGCACUUUUAUCCGACGUGUCUCGUUUAAAAUUACGAACAUUAUUUCGUGGAUAUGGGAGUACUGUUCUUCGAGAUAUGCCAUUUGGAUGCAUACAAAUGCCAUUAUGGGAAUAUUUUAAAGUUUGUUGGAAACAGCACGUGCACCGUGAAUGUACACCAUUAGAAGGAGCUUAUUGCGGUGCAGCAUCUGUGGCAGUCUCUGCGAUCAUUACAACUCCAUUGGAUGUUGCAAAAACUAGAAUAAUGUUGUCAUCUACUACGGCGGAUAAAAAGGAAGUGAAAAUAUCGAAGAUGUUGAAAGAGGUUUAUCGAAUUAAUGGACCUAAAGGAUUAUUCGCAGGCUUUCUUCCAAGGGUGGGUGGCUUUACUAUUAGUGGUUUUGUAUUUUUUGGUAUUUAUGAACAAUCAAGGGAAAUUUGUGCUUCAAUUUUCCCAUAUACAUCAGACCAAAAUAAUAAAACAUAGUAAAAAUAUUAAUAAGAAGCAAAUAUAUCUUAUUCCAAAUUUCUAAUUAAUAUUUUAUCAAUAAAUAUUUUCUCAUAUCUAUUUGGUACUAAAUAAACAUUGCACUUUAUAUAUAACAAUACUUCUUUUGUUUAUAAUAAACAACAGUAUUGAUUUUUUGUAUUGUUAGUAAAUCGUUGUUAAAUUAUCUAAAAAAAUUUUCACAGUUUCUCGCUUAAAUAUGGCACCAUCGUAAUAUUAAUUAAUCAAUUAAUUAACUUAUGAAAGA